AUGAACAAUGUACCCAACCCUACACCCUCCGCCCCAGCCCAAAAGCGACCGAAAAUGUCACUCUUCGACACCUUCCGCGGGCGAAACGGGGGAAGUUCCACCUCCUUCAUAACCACCUCCAACACCGGCAUAAUGGACACAACGCACGGCUCCGAAACCGACGAAGAAGACAACGAGGACGAAGCACAAGAGUAUCUCAACAAGAUGACCGACGACACAAAUCGAAAAGUCGAAACCGUAUUCGGCAAAGGCGUCGAAGUGUGGAAAUCGUUCAACGGCACUAUGUACGCCGAUGUAACCGACAAGGUCAAGAGGAAACAGCGAGACGAAGAGGUGUGGGGUAAGAAGAGGAAGCGUGGUGGCACGGACGGGCAGGGGAAAGUGUUGGAACAGCGAUUCGAUUCCCUGCGGAACUCGACGUCUUCUUCUAGUUCUACCUCUACUGCUGCUUCUACGCCAACACGAGACCAACCGCAGAGCACAUACUCCGACAGUACGAUUUCUUACCCUUCACUGCCAACGAGAUACGAUACCUCACUUCCAUCUACACCUACAGCGUCGCAAUGGGAGAACUUCCCGGUGCGGCCGUCUCAAGAAGCGGAUUUCCCUGCUGCACCCUUGGAGUACAAGUCUCUGUCGAAGACGAUGUCAGGGCCUGGAGGUACGGGUACAAGUAGGCCUGGCAGCUUCGAUCGGCCUAUCAAGCCGUUACCAGCACGUGUACACCGGAUGGAGGGGGUGCAGACGGACAACACGUCCGCAUCACCGCAGUCAGGUCGAUCAAACUCACAGGUACAACCCGUCACUCCUCCGUCCUCUACGCCAACAAGCUUCCUUGGCACCAUGCUAUGUGAAGCUCGCAGGGUGAUAUCAGGGUCUUUUGGUAGUUUCGAAAGUACACAGGCGGACCGAUUUGAUGAGCGGACGUAUAGGCUGUUACCAGGAAGCUUCUGUGAGGCUGGCGAGAAGCAGAAUGUCGAUGAUGGAGAAGAAGAUCGAGAUGCGAAGCAUGACAAAGUGGAAGGAAGACCUUGGCUGAGGAAGGGGUAG